AUGGGCCGGGGGUCCCGGGACAAUCGGGGGUCGCCGGUGGUGGUGGCGCUGCUGCUGCUGUGGCCCAGCCCUGGACGCGGUGCCCUCUCAGGAGAUGCCCCCGGAGAGACAGCCACCCCUUAUUGGGCUCUGGAUGGACAAUCCUGGCGCAAGGCCAUCCUGGAAGAGUCGGAAUCCCCCUGGCAUGAGGGCAUGGAGCCAUCUCUCCAAGUGAAGGACGUGGUCUCAGAUCUGGACACCAGGCUUGUGACCCUGGAGGCCGAAGGCCAGAAGCUCCUGCUUGAGCUGGAGAAGAACCAUAAGCUGCUGGCCGGUGGAUACACAGAAACUCACUACAGCCAGGACGGACAGCCAGUUGUCCUGGUUCCCAGACACACGGCUCACUGCCACUACCACGGCCAUGUGAGGGGCUACCCUGACUCCUGGGUGGUCCUCAGCACCUGCUUCGGCAUGAGUGGCCUGAUCGUCCUUGGCACCAAUACCAGCUAUUAUCUUCGUUCCUGGCCAUCUGAGGUCUCCACAUCCCCCUGGAUCCACAAGAUCGCCCCUGCACAGCAACCGCUCCGCUGGGAAGGGGCCUGUGCGCAUCGGGAUACCAGUGACAAGAGCGACCCUGCUGGCCUUGCUCGCGUCUCCCCGAGCAGGGGCAGGCGAGAGGCCCGCGGGAGUCCGAGGUAUCUGGAGUUGUACCUGGUGGCUGACCACGCCCUGUUCUUGGCGGAGCACGGGAAGUUGAACCACACCAAGCAGCGUCUCCUCGAGGUCGCCCACUACGUUGAUCAGUUCCUCAGGACUCUGGACAUUCAAGUGGCACUUACGGGACUGGAAGUGUGGACGAAGAGGGACCUGAGCCUCGUCACGCAGGACGCCAACGCCACGCUCUGGGCCUUCCUGCGGUGGCGCCGGGGCCUGUGGGCGCAGCGGCCUCACGACUCCACGCAGCUGCUUACGGCCCGCACCUUCCAGGGCGCCACCGUGGGCCUGGCGCCAGUCGCGGGCAUGUGUAGCAAGGAGAGCUCGGGAGGCGUGAGCACGGACCACGCAGAGCUCCCCAUCGGCGCUGCAGCCACCAUGGCCCACGAGAUAGGCCACAGUCUCGGUCUCAGCCACGACCCCGAAGGCUGCUGCGUGGAGGCCCCUGCAGAGCAGGGCGGCUGCGUCAUGGCCGCGGUCAUGGGGCGCCCCUUUCCGCGCGUGUUCAGCGCAUGUAGCCGCCGCCAGCUUCGCGCCUUCUUCCGCAAGGGGGGCGGCUCGUGUCUCUCCAACGCCCCCGACCCCCAGCUCCGGGUGCCGCGCAAGCCUUCUCGCUGCGGAAACGGGUUGGUGGAGGCAGGAGAAGAGUGCGACUGUGGCGCCCUCCAGGACUGCCCGGAUUCCUGCUGCAUCGCCCGCAACUGCUCGCUGCGCGCUGGGGCCCAGUGCGCCCACGGGGCCUGCUGCACGCACUGCCUGCUGAAGCCGGCUGGCGCACCGUGCCGCCCGGCCACGGGAGACUGUGACCUGCCGGAGUUCUGCACCGGCUUCUCCCCACACUGUCCCCCGGAUGUUUACCUACUGGAUGGCUCGCCCUGCGCCGGGGGUCUUGGUUACUGCUGGGACGGCGGGUGUCCCACGCUUGAACAGCAGUGCCAGAGGCUCUGGGGCCCCAGCUCUCACCCAGCCCCAGAGGCCUGUUUCCAAAUUGUGAAUUCCGCGGGAGACGCCCACGGAAAUUGUGGGCAGGACAGCCAAGGCCACUUCGUGCCCUGCGCCCCCAGGGAUGCGCAAUGUGGAAAGCUGCAGUGUUGGGCCAGAGAGCAGAGCUCGCGGAUGCCACAUGCCAUCCCCAUGGACGCCGCCAUCAGCUUAGACAGUCUCGAGGUGACCUGCAGGGAGGCUUUGGAGCCUCCUGGGACCCCGCUGGACCUGCCCAAUUUGGGCCUGGUAGAGAUGGGCACUUGGUGUGGACCUGGAAUGGUGUGCCAAGACAGGCGCUGUCAGAACUCCACCUUCCAGAAGCUGGAGCGCUGUCAGGCGUCGUGCCAUGCUCACGGGGUCUGCAACAGCAACUACAACUGUCACUGCGCACCGGGCUGGGCGCCGCCCUCCUGCAGUGAGCCGGGGCUGGGGGGCAGCGUGGACAGUGGCCCUCUGCAGCCCGAAGGCCGUGAUGCCUUCGUGCUGGCCUUGGGCCUCAGCUUCCUGCUGCCUCUGCUCCCUGGGUUCGGCCUGGCCUGGUGUUGCUUCAGGUACCCAGGGUCCUGUCUCCGCCAGCACGUCUGCGCCUCAAGGACGGGCCCUACUUGCAGUAGGUCCAAAGCUGACACACACCGUGACAUUCGCCCUGUAGAGCUGGGCCCCAUGGCCACUGGAGUGCCUUCGGCCCUUGACCAUGAGGAUUCUGCCUCAGUCCAGCAGCCACCCUGA